UAAAGCUAGCUACGCAGUCCUAGGUCAAUCACGUCUCAUUUUCUUCUGAGGUUCUAGACUGAGGUAUUAGGUUUAAAAGUGUUCGUUUCCGGUCACCAGACUGUGUGCACGCCAAGUUUAUGUUGCUGCGUAAUUUUGCGCAUAAUUAUUUUUGGAAAGGUUUCCUCAUCACCCUUACGAUUUGUCGAGGUAUGCGUGAUGACACAGGACAUGAUCUCACAAGCCUGGUUAUUGAGGAACUGGUUUCUAAAACGUUUUCUUUACAAGAAGUGGCCUAUUCAACACAUUUAAUUCUAGCGUUGGGUGCAUCGAAGGGAUCGGGAUCAGCACAAAAAUGAUGAAAUGGAGAUCGCUGUCUGCUUUGCUGUGUGUUCCGCUCUUGACUGGGUUAUGUAAUGGAUGCCUAGCACCAGGGGGAGAUUAUAAAUUCAGAUUGCGACUGACGGAAACGCUUGUCAGCGUCAAGAGAGGACAAGCCCGGAUCCCCUGCGCGUUCACUGCUCCCAUGAGGGCGCUCUCCGGCCGCCAGGUCUGGUUCAGAGGCAGUCCCGAGUUCCCCCUCAGCCCCGCCGAGGCGCACAAGAUGAGCGGACUCAUGGGACCCAGGAUCUCCACCGAGUCCGAGUGCAGCGUGGUUCUGUGGGACGCCCGGGAGACGCCCGAGGAGUACGGCUUUAUGCUGGAAUGGGGAGCGAACGAAAGACACGUUUUCCCCGAUAGGGUUAAAGUGGUCUCGUGCGUCGCGAAAGUGGAGUUGACUCCAAGCACUUACGCCAAGGACCUUUUGGCUGGAGAAGAGACUGUUUUCAAAUGUAGCCUUUCAAAUCACUGCCCUGGCAUUGAUCCAAAAAUAACCUGGAAAGGGCUCAGCUCAACACAAGUAAUACAACAAUCUAAAAAAGAAAUGCUUGAAAAUUCGGGAUACUCUGAACAGCUCCUGUAUGUCCCCUUGCCCGAGGAUCACCAAGCAGAGAUCACGUGUGAAGCUACGUUUGGGAAAAAUCUAAGUGCAAGUGCUAAAACAAUGUUGACGGUCCACUCUCAUCCUCAGAUACUGAACAGCUCUGCAUGCUCCCUGCAGCAGGAUCAGCUCACUUGUGUGUGCGUCAGUCAGGGAGUGCCCUUGCCCGAUAUUCACUGGCCUCUGCUUCCAAGCAAACACUAUUUCACUAAAGCCAGAGCAUCGCACAUCACUGUAAGAAGCACCUUCACAAUGACCGUUGUGAAGUUCACAAGUAACAGCACCGUCACGUGUGUCAGCAGAAACUACCUUGGUCAGACAAACAUGACUCUUCCAGUCAACAUCACUGAAGGUCUUAGAAACGCAUAUAGGUGGACAAUCAAAGGGCUGGCGAUUGCAUUAUUCAUUACACUGACAUUCUGUGCAAUUUGUUUUUGGAUAAAAGCAAAAUCCAAGAAACUACAAGAGGCACACUACAGCACACUGGAAGAGGGAGCAGAAAAUGACAUGAAAACACAAGAUUGGACUGGUUUCACGGAGUAGCAUUUAUACUAAUAACUUUCAGAGAUCUGUUCAACUCAGAUGAACAUGGCACUGAAAUUCCUGAAUUAGCUUAGUUCCAUAAAUAUUUACAAUGGUCAUGAACUCCUGGUAUUUUCAGUCUACCUUUUUUUAAAUGACUAACGCCAUUCUGUGGAUGGGGAGACAUGUAAAAAAAAAAAAAAAAAAGUCAGAGGCAGUAGUGCUGUAUAAAAUUUGCUGUAACAAUUCUAAUGCUAAAAUUGUGUUCCUUUCAGAGUGUUGCGAGACUAAUUUCUAAAGCUUCGUAUCUUGUGUUGACCCCUCUGUAUGCAUAUAAAUCCAUAAACACUCUGGAGGCCAAAAA